AUGUAUGUCAAAUUGUGGCAAGCGUUUAUAUAUAAUCUCUUCAUUGCAGAGAAAGUAAGAUUUUGUGAGGAACCACAGGCCGUUCUCAAUGCCAGUAUCAUCAGUGAAAUUCAGGAGCUAUAUGAGCAUGGUACCAUAAUGGAAUACCAAUGUAACCUCAGAUUUAAAAUGAUUGGAUCAAGCAAAAUAGAAUGCAUUGAUGGAAAAUGGUCUCCUUCACCUUCUUGCACUGAGGAGGUAAAAAUCUGUGGACCACCACCUGUUAUUCCUAAUGGGUCUUCUCUCCAUACAGACCAGACUGAGUAUUUUCAUGGGGAUUCAGUGGCAUAUGGAUGUGAAACGAACUUUGAAAUCUGGGGCACUAGGGAAGCAAAAUGUCUUAGUGGAGAAUGGACCCCUUUACCUUUAUGUGCUGAUAAAUCUGCUCAAUGUGCAGUUCCAAGUAGUUCUGAGGCUAUCUACCUUACGCCAUAUAAACCCAGCUCAGCAGAAAAGAUUAACUUUGGCACAGUUCUAAAAUAUAGGUGCAAAACGGAUGUCAAAAACCCUAAGGAAUCCACUUGUGUGUCUGGCAAAUGGUUACCCGAAAUUGAAUGCAAACCUAAAGAGAUUAAAAAGCAAUGCCCACCUCCACCUCAGGUCCCAGGUGCAUUGAAGGUAACAGAGAUGAGAAACUAUGAGAGUGGUGAAGAAAUAGCUUUCCAGUGUUUGGAAAAUUUUGAAGCUUCUCCUAGCAUGGACAAAAUCUUAUGUGAAGAUGGGAAAUGGCAGUCACCACCACGCUGUGUUGAAAUAAAUGCAUGUGGGCUACCACCCCCCCUGGAAAAUGGUAAGCUCAAACAAGAGCAUCAGAAUCUAGGCGUGGAGCAAUCAGGACCAGUAACUUAUCCAAAUGGCACUGUAUUAGAGUAUACUUGUCACACUGGCUUUGUGUUAAAAGGAAGAUCAAAGAUUACUUGUAGUAUGGGAACAUGGACUGAAGGCCCAACUUGUGAUGAAGUGCCAUGUGGAAAAGUUCCAAGUGUUCGUCAUAGUCUCCCAAGACCCGGAACAAAGAAUUAUUAUAAGACUGGUGAAACAGUACGUUAUGAAUGCAAACAAGGUUUUAGUAUUCGUGGAGAACAGAACAUCAUAUGUCAGGCAGGAAACUGGACUAAGCCACCUACAUGUGAAGAUGUAACAUGUGGACCUCCACCUCAAGUCGCCAAUGCUGAUUUUGUAAGCAGUAGACCUCAGAGGUUUGCACCAGGAGCCAAAGUACAGUACAGAUGUCACUCAAAUUUUCAGCUUGUAGGAUCAAAUGAGGUCACUUGUGAAAACAGACAAUGGUCACAAGCACCAAUAUGCCAAGAUGUAAGAUGCGGACCUCCACCUGAAGUUGUCAAUGCGGAUAUUAUACCUACUGACAAUGAAAUGUUUCCGCCAGGAACCAGAGUGCAGUAUAAAUGUCACAGAGGCUUCCGGAGUGUGGGAUUAAGUCAGGUCAUUUGUGAAAACAGAGUGUGGUCACAACCGCCAACUUGCCAAGAUGCGACAUGUGGCUCUCCACCUGCUAUUGUUGAUGGCUGGAUUGCAGAUACAAAGAGGGAACGGUAUUUUCCUGAAGAGAUCAUUCGUUAUCGGUGCCAGCCAGGUCAGACCCUAACCGGACCUGCAAGAAUAGUAUGUAAGGAAGGAAACUGGUCACCACGAGGAACACCAGAAUGCAACG